AUGACUGUCGACGCGCUCACACAGCCGCACCACCUUCUGUCGCUGGCUUGGAAUGACACGCAGCAACAUGGCUCGUGGUUUGCGCCCUUGGUCACUACCAGUGCGGGGCUACUGUGCCUUCUUCUUUACCUGUGCUCGAGUGGCCGGAGAUCUGAGCUGCCGGUGUUCAAUCCGAAAACAUGGUGGGAACUGACGACCAUGAGGGCCAAACGGGACUUUGAUGCGAAUGCACCGUCAUGGAUUGAGAGCUGGUUCUCGCAAAAUGAUAAGCCCAUUCGGUUCAUAGUCGACUCUGGGUACUGCACCAUCCUUCCCUCCUCGAUGGCCGACGAGUUCCGCAAGAUGAAAGAGCUCUGUAUGUACAAGUUCUUGGGCACGGACUUUCACUCUCAUCUUCCUGGAUUCGAUGGAUUCAAGGAAGUCACGAGGGAUGCACAUCUCAUCACCAAAGUGGUCAUGAACCAGUUCCAGACCCAAGCUCCCAAGUACGUCAAGCCUCUUGCCAAUGAAGCCAGCGGGAUUAUCACGGAUAUUUUUGGCGACAGCAAUGAAUGGCACACAGUGCCAGUCUAUAACCAGUGUCUGGACUUAGUGACCCGAACAGUGACUUUUAUUAUGGUCGGGAGCAAGUUAGCCCAUAAUGAGGAGUGGCUUGACAUCGCCAAGCACCACGCGGUGACGAUGGCAAUUCAAGCGCGCCAGCUGCGCCUCUGGCCCGUCAUUCUGCGCCCCCUUGUACAUUGGCUCGAGCCCCAGGGAGCAAAGCUCCGAGCGCAGGUUCGACGAGCCCGGCAACUUCUCGAUCCCAUUAUCCAGGAGCGACGUGCGGAAAGAGAUUCCUGCCUGGCAAAGGGCAUUGAGCCUCCUCGCUACGUAGACUCGAUCCAGUGGUUCGAGGAUACUGCCAAGGGGAAAUGGUACGAUGCAGCCGGGGCCCAACUGGCCAUGGACUUUGCUGGUAUCUACGGAACCUCCGACCUGCUGAUCGGUGGGUUGGUGGACAUCGUCCGACAUCCCCAUCUCCUUGAGCCCCUCCGUGAUGAGAUCCGGACGGUCAUCGGCCAAGGGGGUUGGACACCUGCCUCGCUUUACAAGCUCAAACUGCUGGAUAGUUGUCUCAAGGAGUCACAGCGAGUCAAGCCCGUCGAAUGUGCCACCAUGCGCAGCUAUGCAUUGCAGGAUGUGACUUUCUCCAAUGGAACCUUUAUCCCAAAAGGAGAGCUGGUGGCGGUAGCUGCCGACCGCAUGAGCAACCCUGAGGUCUGGCCAGAGCCAGCAAAAUACGAUCCUUACCGGUAUAUGCGCCUGCGAGAGGACCCGGCUAAAGCGUUCAGUGCCCAACUGGAGAACACCAACGGGGACCACAUCGGCUUCGGUUGGCAUCCACGGGCUUGCCCCGGCCGGUUCUUUGCCUCUAAGGAGAUCAAGAUGAUGUUAGCCUACUUGCUCAUACGAUACGACUGGAAGGUGGUCCCCAACGAACCGUUGCAGUACUACCGCCAUUCUUUCAGCGUGCGCAUUCAUCCCACCACGAAGCUCAUGAUGCGCCGGCGCGACGAGGAUAUCCGCCUUCCUGGUUCACUAUAG